CACACACAUUUGACAAGUUAAUUGGAGUUGAGGACUUACUGGCUUGCGCUUUUCAGUGGUCACAGUCCCUCAAAUCUCCCUCCAGUUGUACCUAAGCCCAUUUUGCUCCACCCUUUAGCAGCGCAUGUUAAUCAAGGACAGGACUGGGAGUCCCUGUCUGAGUCGCCACUCCUUUUCUGGAGCUCAGUGGGGGCUCAGUAAGCGAUACGACUGGGAACUAUGUCUUUUCUACAUUGCUGUGAGCUGGACAGAAAGAGAAAACUUUCCUCCGUCAACCUUCCUGCCUGUCUUGGUACUGUAUAUGGUGCAAGAACAACUGCAUGUAGCAGCUUUCAGUAAGGGACUUUGGACCUCUGCUCAAGCUUUCCUGGAGGAAUACUCAGUAUUUCAAACUUCGGGAAAAUGUACUCGCGAAAACAUGUUGGAAUUCUUUUUACUGUGACUCUGAUUUGGCAGGCCAUUCAUAUUGGAGAAGGCCGUGAAAAAGAAGACCAUGAAAACGAUGUGAAAAAUCUCAAUGUCACAGCACAAAAGCAGCACCCUAAGAAUUCAGUGACAAUUAUAGAUGCUUUCAGUGACAUGAAUCAAAGUUACCAAAGCAGAAAGCAUCAGAAUUCCAUGGAAUUUGUACCUUUCACUGGGAUUACAGAGAGUAAAAAUCUGAAUAGAAACUGCUGCCAAAAUGGAGGGACCUGCAUCCUAGGGGCUUUCUGUGCAUGCCCAAAGCAUUUUAGUGGCCGACACUGUGAACUAAGAAAGUGCGGCAGCAUUGCCCAUGGCGACUGGGUGAUGAAGGGCUGCUGGCUGUGUCGGUGCCUCUAUGGCACUCUGAAGUGCCUCUCUCAAAACACGCAAGACAGCUGUGAACAGAGAAGGGAAGAGGAAAUCAUCAGACUGUAUUCCAAAGGUCUAAGAUCGCAGCAAACAGUGUCUGCACUGAUUUGCUUUCUCACCUUCAUCCUGGAGCUUUGCUGCUGGUAGCUGUGAAGCUGAACAGAAAGACUACGCCAGGGCUCCGGUAGCCUUUAAUAAAAGUUGGACAACUUCUUUCUUUAGUAAAAUGCAGAUUAUACUUGUAUUUACAUACCUGAAGCAGACUACUAUGUGCUAGUUAAUGAUGAAAUGCUUGGUUUAUUAUAAAUACAGAUUAUAUAAAUGUGAAGUAUCUAUAUUAUUUUAUUAUUAUUAUAUUGCUACUACCAGUGUCUAAUUCCAGCAGUUCUUUAGUUUUUAAAUACCAUUCUUUCAGUGGAAGAACUAAAAAUGAAUUACCUAUGUCUUAAGUACAGCACAUUAAUGAAAUUUCCUUUGUACAUGAUACACCUACUUUAAAUAAAUAGCACCUACUUUAAAUAAA